AUCUUCAAAUUUUCUCAAGUUGAUAUUUGGAAAGUUUUCUAUUUGCUUCCAAACCAUUUAUGCCAAAUGGUUUACUUCCAUUAGAAAAUGACAAUGACAUUCUCAAGAUGGCCCAAGUUCUUUAGAAGCAUAGAGUGGUUCAUGUGUUCAUGGAAUAUGUUAAGAAAUGUGACAUUGUUGAUGAUUAUGAUGAAGACCAAUAUGAUUUUGAAUCUUAUGAGAAAUUGGUGCAAUUUUUUUAUGUUGGUUUUGAUAGUGACAAUGAUGAACUUGAAGUUUUGGGUUCUAGAAACCAAAUACAAAAAGAAUUAGAGGUACCUGUUGAGAUUGUAGACAAUGACACAACCAAUAAAGAUAUUUGUACUGCAACUAAAAGUGUUAACAAACAGAAGGGUCUAGGAAGAAAGGAUAGGAAAAGAAAUAACACUAAGAGGAAGAAAUUACCUAAUCUUGUUGGGAAUGAUUUAUUCUUCAUCAACUCAAGAACAGAUGUUGGAAGUGGAGAAUCAAAGUACUUUGACAGUGAUGAUCCAGGAGAGUUUGAAGGGAAUUACUUUGAGGAGUAUGCUACUUUGUUAGGAUACAACGAUGUUCUUGCUGGAAAAAAAUCUAAAAAACAUCAUUUCAUGUUAACUACAAUAGUUGUUGAUAGUGAAUCCAAUGAGACAUGUGGUUGGUUUCUCUACCACUUGAAGAAGGAUUUGAAGUUGCAAAAUGGUAGCAACUUGACAAUUGUUUUAGACCAACACAAAGUAUGCUUAUAAUCUUGAACAUACUCUAUCUAAAAACUAAAAAGGUAAAAGAAUAUUACAUUUUAGUUAAAGAUCAUGCAACGAAUUUUUGGUUAUUUGAGAAAUUGGACAUAUUCUGCCCAUAUUUUCAUUUUCUACACUUUUGUCACGCCCCAGAACCCAAAUCCGAGGCGCGACAGAUGCCGUGCACUCGUGAGAGGGUCCCACGAAUGCACAAGGCUCGGAACUUAUUCAAAUCACAUCUGACCAUCCAAUAACUCAAAUCAAUUAUCUCAAAAUCU